UUAUUCUCAUACGGUGACUAUUGUAAGCAGUCCGGCAAUCUGACCGGUGAGUUCGUAGAUUUGGUGAAUGAUCCGAACUCACGUGGAACAAUUUUGCUUGCAUUUGGGACAAUUCUGGACUGGAAAGAAGCCCCAGCUGAGCGGCGUGAAGCUUUCGCCAUAGCUCUCAAUAAACUCCCGGAUUACCGUAUUAUAUGGGCAUGUCGCCGGUGUCCAGCUAUGAAUCUCGGCAGACACAUUCGAUUGUUAGACUGGGUGCCACAGCAGGAGAUACUCAGUCAUCCGCGCACCAAGCUUUUCAUCACUCACGGAGGACUGAAGAGGUAA